AUGUCGUCGACCAACAACGCCUCGGCCGCACCCGCCGCGCCACCACCCAAGCUGCCGACGUUUGCCAAGUCGCCCGUGCCGGCCAACCCGCUGGGUCCGAACACAUACGUCAAGACGGCGGCGUGCCUCAUCAUCGGCGACGAGGUGCUCAACGGCAAGACCAAGGACUCGAACUCAAACUACUUUGCCAAGUUUUGCUUCACGCUGGGCAUCGACCUGCAGCGCAUCGAGGUCAUCCCGGACGACACUGAGCAGAUUGUCGAGGCCGCCCAGCGCCUCUCGGCGCGCCACGACCUCGUCAUCACCUCGGGCGGCAUCGGACCCACCCCGGACGACAUCACCUACGAGUCGAUCGCCAAGGCCUUUGGCGCCGGCCUCACCUACCACGACGAAACCAUCCGCCGCAUGGCAGAGAACCUAAAGGCGCGCAACGUCGACACCUCGACCGUCACCGAGGAGAUGAUCACGGCGAGGAAGCGCAUGGCCCUCUUCCCGGACCGCGACGCAGAGGUCAUCUACCCCACCGAGCAGCUCUGGGUGCCCGUCGUGCGCAUGAAGGGAAAGCUGUGCAUCCUCCCCGGCGUGCCCCGGCUCUUUGAGGCCCUGCUCGACGGUCUGGAGCAGUACAUCCCCAUCGACCCCAACCGCCCGCGCCCCUACCGUCUGCUCAUCCACACCCGGCUGCCCGAGAGCAACAUCAGCCCGUUCCUCGUCAAGCUGACGGAAAAGUGCAAGCCCGAGGGCAUCAAGGUGGGCUCGUACCCCAAGUGGAACAACGGCGUCGACGUGUCCCUCAUCGGCGAGGACCUCGGCCGACUCCAGGAGCUGGGCAAGGAGGUGGAGCGCGAAGUCCAGGGCACCAUCCUCGAGCAAGGCAAGGUCGGCGAGACGCCUGCCGCCGCCGCCGCCGUCGCGCCCACGACGGGUAAGAUGUAG